AUGUGUGCUACAAUUGUUGCUAUUAAAUCUGUUGCUUUCUGCACCUGUCUAGCAUUUUCUUUUAACAUUUCUGGUUUUCUUAAUUCUUGUCAGAUGAUGACAAGGGACUUCAAAUUAUCUUUGAAGUUGAGGGAGCCAACAUCAAUAUAUGAGUUAUCAGAUGAUAAUCUCAGUGAGAUAUUCUUUAGACUGCCGGUGAGAGUUCUUUUGUGCUGCCAAUGUGUGUGCAAACGCUUUAGCAAAGUGAUCACCGAUCCAAAAUUCAGAAAAAUCCAAGUUAAUCGAGCCAUGGCUUCCAACACCACUUCUUUUUGUUUGGUUCAUCUUAUUGUAAGUGAUUUUAGUGAUAUAUGUGGCAGUGUUGAGAAUUUCAAACAUCGGUAUGAUCACAUUCUUCUGGAGAAGACACAUUGUUCUGCAUCCUCUUCUUAUCUGAGGCUCAGCAACCCCUUAAUAUCUGACAUCUCUAUAGUAGGUAGCAGUAACGGUCUUGUGUGCGCUAAACUUGAGUCCCUCGCGGAUCAAAAUGAAUCAAACAUGUUGAUCUGGAACCCUGUUACCAGAGAAAAUCGCUUCGUUGCUGAACCAAAAAGGCAUUCCCGGCCCACGAAGCGAAACCGGUGGUUUCUUAGACACGGCGAGCUAAAGCUAAAAAAUGAUGGUUCACGAUUUAAAAAUGUUCUUGCGCAUGCAUUUAGUUUCACACCCGGAACCAAUGAUUACAAAGUGGUAAGAAUCACUUCUUAUAAGGAGCCCGGUGAAGCUAUAGUCAUUAAACUGGAGAUUUUUAACAUGAGUACUGACAAGUGGAGUACGUACCAGAUAAAAACUCUGCAAUGUCGUGAGAUCGAUCAUAUGCCUCAGCAGGUCGAUCCCUCUAUGCUCUUAAAAAUGAUGCGGUCCCACAAUACCCGGUCUUUAAAAGGGGCAUUUCAUUGGCUUUGUGAUGCCUCACUAGGUGCAAGUGGGAAUGAUACCGCAAUCUUGUCAGUUGGCCUUGAAGCAGAGCAAUUGAGAUUGUUCACAGUGUUGGAUUCUAAUAAAAUUCCUCGUCUAAAGUCUGGGAAGCUAGAUUGUAUGAAUGACUCGCUAUCAUUGAUUGUUCCUAAUUAUUCAAGUGGUCCUUGCCCAAUCAUUGAUAUAUGGGUGAUGAAUGACUAUGGGGAUCGGAACUCCUGGAUUAAGAAGUACUCUGUCAAUCAGUUUCAAGGACGUGGAACAGAGCCAAUAGGAUACUGGAAAUAUGAUCUCUUCCUGAUGGCCAAUUUGACGAGGAAUCUAUCUUUAUGCUUGUAUAACCUCAGAAACCAAGAAAUGAAGUCCUUCCCAGUCCAGUGGCAUUUCUACACUGCUGCUUUUUAUGAUUAUGUUGAAACAUUUGAAACAGUCAGACCGGCGAUUGCAACUACAGCGGAGGCUGUCUAGUAAGGUAUGAAACUGAAGCUUCUUGAGAUUUUCUGAGGAUUGUACUUGAAAGGCACCAAUUUGUCAAGUCCACAUGAAUCUUGGUCCGAAUAUGCCUUCAGCUAAAAUCUCAUAUAUGUUCUUUUAAUUAUGCUCUCUAUGGACAUCAUUUGUAACUUUGAUUGCUGGCUUUGUACAAGUUUACUCUUUUCAUUUUAAGUUUUAAUAUUGUUGCCGACCUUGUAUGAAAAUUGGAUUUUGUUGGUAUA